CCGAGGAGCCGGAGCUGAGGAGGCGGCGGCGGCGGCGGCGGCGGUGGUGCGGGGAACCCAGAGGGAACCCGGGUUUGGGCCCGGCAGCGGGGACUGGGCGCCGGCUCGGGUGUUUUCCAGAGAGUAGUUCUUGGGGCAUCUUUGCCACAUUAACUCAGUCUGUCAGGGGACUAAAAGGCUUAUGAGGAGGUUCUGUCUCACAAAACAGUGUCUAUUGAAGACAACAAGGAAGAGGGAAAAAGAACGGAAAAAAAGAAGCUAAAACAUUUUAGCAAAUCAUGAGAUCUAUCAGAUCUUUUGCUAAUGAUGAUCGCCAUGUCAUGGUGAAACAUUCAACAAUUUAUCCAUCUCCAGAGGAACUUGAAGCUGUUCAGAAUAUGGUAUCCACUGUUGAAUGUGCCCUUAAACAUGUCUCAGAUUGGAUGGAUGAAAUGAGUAAAUCUGGGAAAACAGAGGGAGAUGUAGAUGUGAAAAAGGAUGAAGCUGGAGACAACUCUGCUAAGGAUCAAGGUGGCCGGACACUCUGUGGUGUAAUGAGAAUUGGCUUAGUUGCAAAAGGCUUGCUGAUAAAAGAUGAUAUGGACCUUGAGUUGGUUCUGAUGUGCAAAGAUAAACCCACGGAAACUCUAUUACAUACUGUCAAAGACAAUCUUCCUAUUCAGAUUCAGAAACUUACAGAAGAGAGAUAUGAAGUGGAGCAGUGUAUAAAAGAGGCAUCUAUUAUUAUCCGAAAUACAAAAGAGCCCACGUUAACGCUGAAGGUGAUACUUACUUCUCCUCUAAUUAGAGAUGAAUUGGAGAAGAAAGAUGGAGUAGAAAAUGUUUCGAUGAAAGAUCCACCGGACUUAUUGGACAGGCAGAAAUGCCUGAACGCCUUGGCGUCUCUCCGACAUGCCAAAUGGUUUCAGGCAAGGGCAAAUGGACUAAAAUCAUGUGUAAUUGUCCUCCGCAUUCUGCGUGAUUUGUGCAACAGAGUACCCACAUGGGCUCCAUUAAAAGGAUGGCCACUAGAGCUUAUAUGUGAAAAGUCUAUAGGUACCUGUAAUAGACCUUUGGGCGCUGGGGAGGCUUUGAGACGAGUAAUGGAGUGUUUGGCAUCUGGAAUACUUCUUCCUGGGGGGCCAGGUCUCCAUGAUCCCUGUGAGAGGGAUCCAACUGAUGCAUUGAGUUAUAUGACAAUUCAACAAAAAGAAGAUAUUACACACAGCGCCCAGCAUGCACUCAGACUAUCAGCUUUUGGUCAGAUUUACAAAGUACUGGAGAUGGAUCCCCUCCCAUCUAAUAAGCCUUUCCAAAAAUAUUCCUGGUCUGUUACAGACAAAGAAGGUGCUGGUUCUUCAGCUCUGAAGAGACCUUUUGAAGAUGGAUUAGAUGAUAAAGAUCCCAAUAAAAAGAUGAAGCGAAACUUAAGAAAGAUUCUGGACAGUAAAGCAAUAGAUCUAAUGAAUGCUCUGAUGAGGCUAAACCAGAUCAGACCUGGUCUCCAGUAUAAACUCUUAUCCCAGUCUGGCCCUGUUCAUGCACCUGUCUUUACAAUGUCUGUAGAUGUGGAUGGCACAACAUAUGAAGCAUCAGGACCAUCUAAGAAAACAGCAAAACUUCAUGUAGCAGUGAAGGUUUUGCAGGCAAUGGGCUAUCCUACAGGUUUUGAUGCAGAUAUUGAAUGUAUGAGCUCUGAUGAAAAGUCAGAUAAUGAAGGCAAAAAUGAAACAGUGUCUUCAAACUCAAGCAAUAAUACUGGAAAUUCUACAACCGAAACCUCCAGUACCUUAGAGGUAAGAACUCAGGGCCCUAUCCUUACAGCGAGUGGUAAGAACCCUGUCAUGGAGCUCAAUGAAAAAAGAAGAGGUCUCAAAUAUGAACUCAUCUCUGAAACGGGUGGAAGCCAUGAUAAGCGAUUUGUUAUGGAGGUAGAAGUAGAUGGACAGAAAUUCCGUGGUGCAGGUCCAAAUAAGAAGGUAGCAAAAGCCAGUGCAGCAUUAGCUGCCCUGGAGAAGCUAUUUUCAGGACCCAAUGCAGCAAAUAAUAAGAAAAAGAAGAUUAUUCCUCAGGCCAAGGGUGUAGUAAAUACAGCUGUGUCCGCAGCUGUCCAGGCAGCUCGAGGAAGAGGAAGAGGAACCCUGGCAAGAGGAGCUUUUGUUGGCGCUGCAGCUGCCCCUGGUUACAUAGCUCCAGGUUACGGCACACCCUAUGGCUAUAGCACAGCUGCUCCAGCCUAUGGUAUGUACAACCUCUUACUGACCUCUGCCAUUCCUGACUCUAUCCCAGCAGUUCAAACUCCAGUUUGAUUUCAGGGUUUACCCAAGAGAAUGGUUCUGUUGCCCGUUAUGAAAUUCCCAACCUAUCCAGUUCCCCACUACUCAUUCUUUUAGCAAAUGGCUGAAGCUAAUUCCUAUUGAUUGAGCAACAAUCCAGUCCAGUCCCGAAUAUUAGAAGAGAGAACAAGCCUUUUUAUCCGGUUUCCUUUGAACAUAUAACUUGCGCAAAAAUGAUUUGUAAAGAACAUCUUUUCCUACUUUUGAUUUUUUGAUUUUAACAAAUGCAAAUUUAGUUCUCUAAAACUUGAGGAAAAACACACGCACACACACACUCAAAUAUGCGCGUGGGCACGUGCGCGCGCACAUACACACACAUACACACACACCCCUCUACCCCUUCCAUUCCCUUACCCCCAACAAAAAACCUAGUUCUGUGAAACGUUACCUCAUUUUCCGAUAAUAACUUAUACCAGCCCUUCUGUUCUAGGGGAAAAACUAGCCGCUCAAAGUUUGUUUUAAAUGAAGUCUCAGAUUAUGUAAAAUUAAAUUUGUGAAGGAUGUAUAGAGUAUAAAACAAGGAUCACAAAUAAACUGUUUUUGUUGUAAAA